GCCGCUCCGCCCCGGGGAGCGGGGCCAUGCGGGGCCAUGCGGGGCCCAGCGCUGCCGCUCGUCCGCCGCGCCGGGGCCGCGCUGGGGCCGGGAGCGGGGCAGUUGGAAAAGAAGGCAAAAGGGAAGCUCCAGAAGCAGAUCUGCCAGGUGGUUCUGGAUCACUUUGAGAAGCAGUACACAGCAGAACUGAGAGAUGCAUGGAGCAGUGUCAGAGACGUGCUGACCUCGCCAUGGUGCUGGCAGCAUGCUGUGCUGCUGAAUAGGUUCAGCCAGAACCCUGGCCUGGAGAGUAGCCUGGCUGAGCAGGGAUACCAUCCUGCCUUCCCAGCAGCCCUGCCAUACCUCCCUGCAGCCCUCAGGUGUUACAGCAGGACAGCUCCUGGCAGGUUCCCUGCACAGAAACACCAGCCUGGCAGGCUGAAGGACUAUUACCUGCUCAAUGCUGCCUCGCUGCUGCCAGUGCUGGCCUUGGAGGUGAAGGAUGGGGAAGCUGUUCUGGAUCUCUGUGCUGCACCAGGGGGCAAAUCUGUAGCUAUCCUGCAGUGUGCCUGUCCAGGUCAUUUUCACUGUAAUGAAUAUGAUGAUUUGAGGUCAAGAUGGUUGGAGCAGACAAUAGAAUCCUUUAUCCCAGCUCCUUUAAUUAACUUGAUAACAGUCUCUAAAUUGGAUGGCAGACAGAUUGGAGAUCUUCAGCCUGAAUUUUAUGACAAGGUCCUGGUUGAUGCUCCUUGUUCAAAUGACAGAAGCUGGCUCUUCUCUGCUGACCCUCAACAAGCUGUGCUCAGGCUCAUGCAAAGGAAGGAAUUGUCCUCCCUGCAAUUCCAGCUUCUAAGGUCUGCUGUUCAAGCCCUGCGUCCUGGUGGCUCCUUGGUCUAUUCCACGUGCACCCUCUCUAGAGCAGAAAACAGUGAUGUGAUCAAUCUCAUCCUGAACUCCUGCAGGAAUGUGAUGCCUGUGGAUCUAAGUGGGAUGGCCAGAGGUGUUUCCCAGGAAUUCACUUUUCUCAGUGGAAUGCAGCAGCAUGAGCUGCUGGUUCUCCCAGAGAAAGGGAGAGCAUGGGGUCCCAUGUACGUGGCUAAAUUAAAGAAAGUGUCCUCCACCUAAUUCCUGUAAUGCCUGUUGGUUAUUUAUAAGCAGAAUAUGAUAAAUUAAUAUUGAUUUAAAUACAGUAUGUGUAUAUGAACACAUCCAAUUUAGAGUGUUGCAGUUUCCUGAUCAAAAGGAAGCAAGAAAUUUGACUUAUUUUAACUUAAAAUACUGAAUGUGCCUUCUAGCAUGGGCUUGUGGGCCUCUGAGAAGUCCUUAGGAAAUUUGUAGUGUUUUCAGGGUGUUGCUUUUAAAGGGAUUUGGGUUCUAGAAUAAAGGCUUAAUGUGGUAGAA